CCACAGGAGGGGAACGGUUUGCCCAUUCUGAAUGGGAUUGUUCCGAUGGUUCCCGCGUUCCCAGGAAUGAAAGCUCGAAUCGACCAAUUCGUCCACCCUGGCAUCUGGCAUACGCACGAUGACUUGGAACGUAUGAGGAUCGGAGUCGAGGGUGGUGAAGAUCCCCACGCGUCGGCCUUUGUCAAGUUUAGCGUAGAUUUAUACUCGGCUUCUAAUGUAAGAAUUCCAGCUAAGGCCUCACAACUUCAUUCUUCCAUCUGAUAAGACGUCAAGUAUAGUAUGCAAGGGCCCAAACAAGUCAUCUGUCGAGGAUCAUGCAGCAAUUAUACA